CAGCAAGCCCUGAAGGCGCGGCAGAAGGACUCCCCGGAGAGCAGGUCCUCCAGCCCUCGCGACUCCGGCCUCGUCAUGUCCUCCGCGGCAGCCUCAGACGCCGAGGCCGACCCUCGCUCUCCCACCGGCGGCGCCUCCUUCAAGAACUCCCUGGCGUUCUUCCAAAGGGCGGCUCAUCUCGUGGCCAAUAACACGAAGAACUCACACAUGGGAAACCGCCAGAAGGAAUCCAGACGAAGAUCAUCUCGAGGCAGCAGCUGUUACGGAAGCAGCAGCAGCGAGGCUUGGAGUGUGACCUCGGAUGACCCCAACGGCGUGUCCGCUGACCUCAUCAACGGCUACGGGUUUUACUUGGAGGAUGACCUCAACACCUUCGAGGACCAGGGAACCUACGAGCAGGUGCUCUUCAUCAACGGUCGGCCUCAAUACCAGGACGAUGUGAGGUCCUCCAACGCAGACCUGAUGGAGAUGUGCCAGACGUCACCCUCCAGCGCCUCCCUCAAGGUCCAGCAGGAACACCAGAGCCGAGGACGACACAGUUCGCCCAGCGGAGAACGGAGCAGGAGCAGUAGUUACACGCGAGUGCGGAUAGAUGGCAGCACCGGCAGCUCCGUGGUCGUGUCCGCAGCGGGCCCCGCCUCCGACCCGCAGCCGCAGUCAGUCGCUCACAGCUACGGCUCGUUACCUAGACGCUCCUAGUGAGGGUGACUUUAGCGGUUAUGUGACGCUGCCAAGGAGGAAGCCAUAUUUAAAUUUUAAGAGUGUGUCGUGUGGUUCAAAUGCGAAUAAUAGUGUUGGUUCGGAGUUUGAUAAUGAAGACUUAAGUUAUUUCAAGGAAAGAGUGGGCAUCUUGAGAAACUGUGGUGUUAAUUCGAUAACUCGCACGCAGAGCUUUAAGGAGGGACUCAAUUGCUAUUCUCACGAGUACAGCAACACUGCGUACGGCUUAUCGAGAACGCAGAGCUUCCACGAUGGCCUAGCGGGGGACUUCAACGCGCUAGAAAGUGGCAAGACGAAGCUCCAAAGGGCGCCGUCCGUGGAUGAGAUUUUAGAGUCUGUGAAGACCCUGAGGGCGAGGAAGACGAUGGUCAAGUCAACGCCAGACCUCCUGAGUCCCCAGGAGCCUGUGUACCACUCGGCGUCGCUGCCGAGGCACAAGGGCAGCAAGGGCAAGGGCUCCCGCGCCGCAGGGACGUCGUCCCUCCUCGGCGUGAGAUACAACGGGCCCUCCUCCAACGAGUCGCUCUACGAGCGCGUCCCUGAACCCGACUACGAGCAGAUCCCCGAGUCCCUGGUCGGCGGGACGCCCUACUACGAGAACGUGUGUCGCGGCAACAACCACUACGAGAACAUCCACCUGAAGGGCGAGGUAAUCUACGACAGUCCGAGGCCCACCGACCACAGCCUCCACCACCACUACGACAAAGUCCACGGCUCGGCGGACCUCCACUAUGAGAACGUCAAAUUCGAUGCGCCCGUCUACGAGAACGUGGACGAGAAGGAGCCUACCUACAUGAACGUUAACGGCACGUCCAAGUCCGGCAACGUGUACGCCAAUAUCGACACGGGCGGCAGCACCAACAAAAAGACCGGCAGCCUUAAGUCCUCGAAGUCAAGGUCGAACAAGGUCACCAUCAGUGGGAACUCCAUGAUGCAGGGCACGACCUACGACGUCCCACGGGCGGCCACCCACAUCUACGACUCCCCACAGAGGCAGGUGCGGUCCGUGGCGUCGACGCAGGCCAACGAGUAUGACACGCCGAAAAACAACCGCUCGAUCCUGCCGCAGUCCACGCAGAUCGUCCUCAAGGCCAAGCACGACCAGAAGUCCAAGAUCGACGACAUCUUCGCCGACUGCGACAAGGACUCCCUCGAGGGCGACAGGGACAGAGAACCCGACAUACCUUCGCCAGGACGAAACACAUACGUCCAUGCCGAUUUUGAUUACGGCAGCGAGGAGGAGGGUGACGGCUAUGAGGACGCGGCCAAUGACUACGUCUCGGCUGAAUUUCCUGACGAAGGCCUGGGAGAAUCCGACAACAGGUCCUACUAUGCGGAAGAUCCUGCAGGCCUCGAGGUCAUUCUAGAAGAACCCGAGGAGGACUACUGCAGCUCACACGGGUCCGAGGACGACCUCCAGAGGGACGUGGACAUCACCCACGAGCUCAAGGGCGAGAGGAGGUCGCUGGACGGUUCCGAGGGAAUCGGGUCGGCUGAGGGAGACAGCCACUCGUCGGGAGGAUCCGAGCACUACGGCGAGGAGGACUGUGCGAGCUCGGGCAUUCACAGUGAAGACACUCCUUCUCCGGGCCCGCCUGUGGAACCCGAGAAGGAGGACCACCACCACCAGGACGCCUCGGGGGACAAGAAGAGGGAGGAGGACAGAAUUCAGAAGGACAGGUGUAUUGAAGUCUACCCUGAAACCGUGAGACAGCGACAGAGGAACAUGAUGGCGUCGGCAAAUAAGGUGGACAUCAAGAACUGGAACUCGGGCUCCGGCAGCGAGAGCAGCCAGAACAGCCCGUCGAAGGUGAAGAAGUUCCUGCCGUCGGUGAAGGCGCUGAGGAACCAGUUCGAGACCGGCAAGACCAGCAACGGCAAGGCCUCCGAGACCGCCACUAACGGCCACCACCAGACCUCCAACGGGACAAACGGCAGCACCCUCAACCGCAAUGGAGAAGACCAGCAGUACCACGAGCCUCAACUCCGGCGGCGGCUCCUGCGAGAACCUCCUGAACCCCGCGUCCGCCAUGGCCGAGAAUGGGCGCUCGCAGCAGGUCAUUGACCCCGACGAGCCCGUGGAGCCCAUCUUCAACCAGUUCAAGAAAGUGGACGAGGAACUGCGCGAACUGAUGAGCAAACCGCCGUCUACCAGCGGAUGGAACCCGCGCCCUCUGCUGAAACGCCUCUACUACAUCCCCGACGCCCCCAAAGUACAGAGUCAAGGUACCACCUACGUGAACAUCGAGGGAUACCUGGAGAAGCUUCCGUCUGGGCGAAAGAAAGCCACCUUUUGGAACGCCUGGAAGCGACGUUACUUCGUGGCCAAAGAGGGAGUGCUUUAUUACUACCAGAAUCCUCAAGCAGACAAACCCAGCAUGAAGAUGACUCUGAUGGGAGGCAAAGUAGAGUGUAUGGAACCCAACAUGGUCGGCGUCGAUGAUGGGACCAGAGAACCGAAGUCUGGAGCCAUGAUUGGUAUUGAUGACGGGAAGGGCCACUACGUCGUGGUGAGAUGCAGCUCUCGUCAGGAGGCCGAGCGAUGGCGCAGGGCCCUCGAGACGCACACGGUCGAGGACUUCGCCAGCCAAUACGUACAGCCCUGGCCCGUCCCCAACGACCCUGCGCUCCUCAGGGACACCCUUGUUAUUGACCUGGGUUCCUGCUCCGUCAGGGCGGGUGUCCUCGCCUCGCAGGCCACCUUGCCCCAGCUGUUCCUUCCCUCGGUGGUGGCGACGGAGCGAGAGUCACGGCGCCAGAUCUGGGGUUACGACUCCCUGGCGCCCGACGUUCGCGCCGCCUCCACUAUCUCGUUCCCCGUCCGGCCCUCGCACAAAAUUACGAAGUACUCUGUAGACCUGAGUGCCGUCUCAAGUCUCCUGCAGAAGACCUUCGCCGACCUGAGGGUAGACCCCAAGAACUACCAUCUGCAGCUCUCCGUCCCUCGCGUCCUUAACUCCAGCACGCAGACGGAGCUCCUGCGGGUUCUCUUCGACAAGUUCGGCGUCAAGUCCGUGAACCUCACACACCAGUCCAUCCUCGCGCUCUAUGCCUACAACGCCACGUCCGGGAUCGUCGUGGACAUCGGCGAGAGGAUGGACAUCGUGCCCGUCAUCGAUGGGUACAUCGUGGAUGGUGGCGUGUCUAGGGUUCCCUACGGAGGAUACCGGAUACUGGAUCACCUUCGGCAGUUCUUGUACAUGAGGAACGUCUCCCUCAUCAACGAGGUCGAGAGUUACAUCAUCAGACAUGUGUUGGAGAAUAUCUGUUACUGCGCCCACCACUACAACACAGAGAAGGCCCGCUGCGCCAACAACCCCGACAACUUCGAAAAGGGCGUCUCCCUCUCUGAAUACUUCCACAACAAAGACUGUCCUUACGACAACAUCUCUCUCGACUUUGGACGAUUCCAAGCCACGGAAGGCCUCUUUAACCCAGACGCUUGGGGUCUGGAUCACCCCGGGCUCCACAAACUAGUAUACAAGGCUAUAAUGGAGUGCAGCAUGGACAUCCGAAAGGAGAUGAGCAGGAGCAUCUUCUUGGCCGGAGGAGUAACGCAGCUUCCAGGCCUCGUGGACAGACUCACCACCGAGAUCGACAACCUCACACCACCCGCUAUUAGACCCAAGGUCCACGCUUCGCCGUACCGGUACCACGCUGCGUACAUCGGCGCGUGCGUGCUAGCAGAGUCUCCCGGUUUCGUGCAGUCCCGUGUCACCAGAGAGGAGUGGAAUAAACAGGGUCCGGCCGCUCUCCGCAAGUGGUCGUUGUAGAGAGGACACGCGCCGGAGCGAUGUGUUUUUGAGCUUUUAUAUAGAGGGGGAUUAUUAUUGAUGAUGAUGAUAAUAAUAUCCCUUCUUAUUUUGGUCACGGAACGCUAGUUAGGCGCUAAGAACGUGCUGUUAACGUCUCCUCGG